UCGUUCCAUUCCUCUCUCGUUUGCACCUCCCUCUUUCUCUCCUUCGUUCUCUCCACCUCCGGCUCUCUUUCCAUCGUCUUCGCUCUCUCUCCUCCUCUUUCUCGAACCCUUCUCUCUCUCUCAUCGGUUUCGUUCUCGAGCUUUUUGGGGGCCUCGUCCAUGUCGAAGUCGAUCCUCGUCACCGGCGGUGCCGGGUACAUCGGGAGCCACACGGUUCUCCAGUUGCUCCAGGGCGAGUUUCGCGUCGUCGUCGUCGAUAACCUCGACAACUCCUCCGAUAUCUCGAUCAAGCGCGUCGCGGAGUUGGCCGGGGAGUUUGGAAAGAACCUUUCCUUUCAGAAGAUUGAUCUUCGAGAUAAAGAUGCGCUCACCAAAAUUUUUUCUUCGACAAAAAUCCUUUCAUUGCAGGUGCGUGAUUACAUACAUGUGGUUGAUUUGGCAGAUGGACAUAUUGCAGCCCUGCAGAAGCUUUUUGAAGACUCUAGCCUAGGUUGUGAAGUAUACAAUCUAGGAACUGGAAAGGGAACUUCUGUUUUGGAAAUGGUUGCAGCAUUCGAGAAGGCUUCUGGGAAGAAAAUCCCUUUGGUCAUGGCGGGACGACGGCCUGGUGAUGCUGCGAUUGUUUAUGCGUCGAUAGCUAAAGCAGAAAAGGAGCUAAAGUGGAAAACGAAAUAUGGGAUAGAUGAGAUGUGCAGGGAUCAGUGGAACUGGGCUAGCAAGAACCCUUACGGAUACUGUGGGUCGCCUGAUAAUUCUAACUGAGGAGAGGAUAACAAUCAUAGAUGAGAAAUAACUUCACCUUUUUUCCUCCCUAGUAUAAAAGGAGAUGCCGCUAAUUCUUGGACUCCCCCAUGUAUAGGCGGUAUAGUUCCAGCUAAUAUCAUCAUUAUUAGUAGAUGUGAUGCUCCCUCAUAUAUAGGAAUAAAUUAAAUAAAUAUGAGUAUGUAUGUCAUUCUGGGAGACCUUUUUUAUUUACAUAUAUAAAUAAAGGUUUCUUUUCUGUCUCCUUA